UGGAAUAAAAGGCCCACAAUGGCCUACAAGGUGUACUAAAACGUUGUUUGUUGACAAAAUUCAACAUUUUAAGCGACUUUCAGCUGACAGUAAACCAAAUUGUUUAAAGAGUGACUCAGAGCACUAGCUUUAGCAUGAGUUUCAAAUUACCUUUAGCCUUUCUGUGCUUCCUGAAACGACUUUUCCAAAUCUUCUGAGAGGUCCUUAACUGCCUGAUUGCCACUGUGAAGCUCAGGAAUUUCCUUACGCUGACUUUCCUGCACGGCAAAGGCACAGGACUGAUUCCUUCCCUGCUGAAACAGCAAAUCCUGGAGACAGACAGGAGGGGAGGCUCGUUCGCCGCUGCCAGUCCUGAGAUUAUUAUCAUUAAGAGGAAGCAAACAAAAUGUUGACUGGUGACCAGUCCAGGGUGUACCCCUCCUCUUAACCAGUGACAGCUAGGAUCUCCCCCUGUGAAAAGCAGUUUAGCCCACCUGAGCUGUGACUUGGCAGGCCACAUCACACUGCUGCAGGCUACACAGAAACUCAAGAAAAGACAAAGAAAUUAGCCUGCACAUUAUUCGACAUCCUGUAUCGUCUGGCUGAAAACAUCACCUGUUCUUGGAGUUUGACUGUGGACAACAGACAGAGUAUAUACAGACAGAAGGCAAGCGAGAGAGACACCAGUGUCUCCUGGUCCCUUCCAUACCUGUUGUCUUGCAAAGCCCCAAUCUGAAACGAUUGUGCCACGUCUGAAAAUGGACCUGACCUGCAGAGGAGAAUGAGGCAGUAGCAACAGCUGAAGAAUGACAGGAAACAUGAGGAGAGAGAGUGGGGGAAGAUGUGAACCAAACAGCGCCAGGACCGGGACUCAAUCCUUCUGCCAGUACAUCGAGGACUGGGCCCUGUCCUUGGGUGCCUGCUCCACCAACUAAGGGGAUGGUCUCCAGGUUGACUGACUGGUGGCUAGUCCAGGAAGUACCCCUGCUGGGAUAAGGUGUGAAUGGAUGGAUGGAUGGAGUGCUGGUUUGAAUCAUAAGACUCCUUAGUUAAGGAAAACGCAUCCAAGGCAUGCAGAGCGAUGAUUCUCAGCAGGGCCUUAAAUGCCACACCUCUUCCAUCCGAGGCCUUUUCACCUCUGGUCUUGGGACAUCCACAGCCAUGCUCCGCCACCUUGUGCUCCGUCUUAAAGAACUGAACCAGUGUCCUGGGUGAAAGUCCUGUGAUGAUGUUGCUCAUCUGUUGCCUAAAGUCUCCUCUAAAAGGGUCUACACUGGUCCUUCUGAUACCUCCCUGUGCCCCAGAGGAGGAUCACACUUCUGUGGAAGUUGUAUCCCGGAAAAUCCUCAGGCAGCCAGGUAUGAGAACUGCAACCGUGUGAGUGAGGAAAAGCUCAUCAAGACGUAAGGGAUGACAAAUUCCACCAUCUGUACCUGGAUCUGCUCCUGACUCUGAUGCAUGAGUGUGUACAUGCCUGAUGAAGAUGCUGUCCUGGAAGACUCCAUCGCUGAGGAAGACGCAGAGAACGACACUCAAACUGAGGAGGAAUGCUCUGAGAAAACCAGCCCUAAAGUGUCUGAGGACAGAGAGCUAGACAACAAGAGCACUAACACUUACAGCAACCAGAACUCUCCCAUUAGUGUCCUUUCCAAUCAAGAGGCAGAGUUGGAGUCCCGCCUUAGUGACAGCAGCGACAGACUCUCAGACUUCAAAACCUCCUCGCCACCUGAGAGCCAGCGGGAUGACGAAAGCCGCGGCUCCAAACACAAAGAUGAGACGGGAGGCAGCUUGGAGAAAAUGAGGGCGGCCUAUGCAAACUUUCUGUCCGACUCCUACUGGACGGGGAUAGGGAUGGACUUGAAAAUGGGCAAAAACACCAGCAAAGCCAACUGCGACAGCACCAAUGGCAGCACCAAGAGCGAGUUCGACUGGCACCAGGACGCUCUCUCAAAGACUUUGCAGCAGACGCUCUCUCCAAAGCCUGCGUCCAAGCCUAACCUCUUCAGCUCCGUCCACCUGUACAGACAAACCACCAAACCCUGCGGCUCCGUCUUUACAGGAGCCAGCCGAUUCCGCUGUAAGGACUGUAGUGCUGCUUACGACACUCUUGUGGAGCUGACGGUCCACAUGAACAAAAGCGGGCACUACCAGGACAACAACCACAGCAAACAGAGCAACUCCACCGCUUCGUCCUCCAAGUCACGGAAACGAAAUCUACAAGAUAUGGAAGGGAAAGAGGAUGCACAAAAAGUUUUAAAGUGCAUGUUCUGCGGCCACUCUUUUGACUCGCUCCAGGAUUUGAGCGUCCAUAUGAUUAAAACUAAGCAUUACCAAAAAGUGCCUUUAAAAGAGCCAAUCCCUGUAAUCACGCCCAAAUUGUUGCCACCGGCUAAGAAGCGGGCCUUUGAAACGGUUCGCCCCUGCUCCCCUGACUCUACGACAGGCAUAUCCGGCUACACAGAGGCACAACGGGUCGCCAGCAUUUCAAGCGCUAACAACAAUCGCUACGGCUAUCAAAACGGAGCGAGCUACACUUGGCAGUUUGAGACGUGCAAGUCUCAGAUUCUAAAAUGCAUGGAGUGUGGGAGCUCUCACGACACCCUUCAGCAGCUCACCACACACAUGAUGGUUACUGGACACUUCAUCAAAGUCACAAACUCGGCCUCUAAAAAGGGUAAACAGUUAGCGCUCGACCCCCUGGCUAUAGAGAAGAUGCAGGGUUUGGCUGAUCCUGCUGCCAGCGACACUGAGGGAGAAAAGGUCUCUCCAAAAACUGCCUCCCCGGGGAGCAGUGAGAAGGAUAGCCAGGGGGAAGGCACAUCAGACAAAAUGGAAGAAACUGAAGCGAAAGAUGACAAGCAAGAGAGUGAGGAUCAAAAGGCAGCCAUUGGGGCCUUUAAGUACCCUUAUCUCCGGGAGGAAGAUCUUGAACAGGACUCUGGGGGAGGAGGGGACAUUCUUAAAUCUUUAGCCAACACAGUGGCCUCUGCCAUCAACAAAGCUCAAACAGGAACACCGAGCUGGAGCGCCUACCCGAGCAUCCACGCCGCCUAUCAGCUCUCCGGCAUCAUCAAAAGCGCCCCUCUCUCCGCGUCUCCCCCCGCUCAGCUAAAGCAGACAUUUAACCACAAGCUGAGACCGAUUGCCCCCAAAGGGAAGCUGUACCCAGGAGUCGAGGCUCCCCAGGGACAGCAUCAAAAUAUGGACAUCAAAAAAGAAAAGGUUGGCAUUAGCGAUGGUAAAGAAAGUCAGAAUAUUAAGUUUGAUCUGGCGGAGAAUGAUGACAGCGAUUGUCAGGAUGACUCCUCUUCCUCUUCAAAGCUCGAUGCAGACUGUGUGAAUGAAGGGAGCGAGGCGAUCAAAGGGAAGUUGAGCCCAGAUUUCUCUGACAGAGGCAAGACACCAAGUCCCUCUGCCAGCAAUGGACGCAGCGCUACUUCAGAGCCUCUCAGUGACACUCCAGCUCUACUCGGCAUAAACCCUCUUAGCGCGCUGCAGUCGGUUCUGAACAAUCAUCUGGGCAAAGCAAAUAAGCCCAACAACUCAAGAGUAGAUAAACUGUCUCCUCACACUAAGUCUAUUUUUGCUGACAUUAACCGUAGCAGCGAUAAACCGGCUUUAAUGCUCGGGAACGCCAUAAGAAACAGGCCUGAUAACGCCUUCCUCUUCGCCAGUGAUGACCAGCCGAUAGAUCUGACGAAAUCUAAACACAAGCCAACCUCCUCUCUUGUACAGCCUUCCACCCCGAUUCCACAAAAGUACGCCCUGUCCGACAUCGCUGAUAUGGUGAAAGUUCUUCCAAAAGCCACGACGCCAAAACCCUCCCUUCCAUCGAGGAUCCCGACAAUGAAACUGGAAUCCGAUGUCAGGCGAUUCGAGGAUGUAUCCGCCGAAGUGUACUCCGUCCACAAGCGUAAAGGUCGACAGUCCAACUGGAAUCCUCGCCAUCUUCUCAUCCUGCAGGCCCAGUUUGCCUCCAGCCUUUUCCAAACCUCCGAAGGGAAGUACCUCCUCUCAGAUCUGGGCCCUCAGGAACGGAUGCACAUCUCCAAGUUCACUGGACUGUCCAUGACCACCAUAAGCCAUUGGUUAGCCAACGUGAAGUACCAGCUGCGGAAAACCGGAGGGACCAAAUUCCUGAAGAACAUGGACACGGGUCACCCGGUGUUCUACUGCAAUGACUGCGCUUCCCAGUUUAGGUCACCUACGGCGUUCAUUUCCCAUCUUGAAUCCCAUCUGGGGUUCCAAAUCAAAGACAUGUGCAAAAUGCCGGUAGAGCAUCAGACGAAAGUAGAGGAGCCUGAACUGUCGAAGGCCCUCAGUGUCAGAGCCACAGAGGGUCUAGUGACGGAGGAGGACAUUGACUCAAAGUUCAAAUGUAAGCUCUGCUGUCGGACAUUUGCGAGUAAUCACGCAGUCAAACUCCAUUUGAGUAAAACUCACAGCAAAUCCCCCGACAACCAUUCACAAUAUGUGGAAAUGGACAAGGACUAGUUUUCAUAUUAUCCUCACUUUUUUCCCUUUUUUUAUUUUAAUACACGGGUCAGAUAUUUCAGCCAUUUUUCAAUUAGCAUUGUGUAGUGUGCAUCAUUUAAAACAUUUCAUGGAGUUCAGCAAAGACACACUGGUUAGAAAUGUAUAAGGAAACACUAAGAGAAACUUUGCACCCCGCUCAAUUGCAUCACCAGUAAUGAAACGUAUUACUGCUUGAAGAAACAUAAUUGCUGAUGUUUGCAUGCAAUAGCCCUGGCUAUGACUACUAUUUAUUUGUAUGAUAUGUCAAGUUUCAAUUGUAUUUCAAAGACAAAAUAAUAAACUAAUUGUACUUUACAUCUUCUGUGAUAAAAUCCACCUGCAGAAGCGUGCAGCUGUUAAAAACAGGUAGCCCAACACGAUUACACACACACGCAGCCCUGUACAGUGUAUUGCUAUGUAAAGAUGUUUUGUGUUGCAAUGAUAGAAGAAGAAGAAAAAAAAAGCACUUUAAUAAAUGUUUAAUCACCAGUUUAGACUUGGAUUCUGUACAUGACUCAAAAAGGAUUAGGAUAUUUCACAUGUAAAUAUAUUUUAGAAGAAAAACAAACAGUGCGUUUCAUGCAACGAGGAUAACAGCAAGACAGACGACACCUGUGAU